UGUAGCUUUGCCGGUGAAUUUAGACAUUCACGUUUCGAAUAUCGUGUAGUGAACAUCGUCAGAUCAGGUGGUAUAGUCGCCUGGCGCGAAAAGUACGAUCGCAGUUUUGAAUUGUGUUGGUGUUGUUUUUCGACUUGAACUUGACUUUACAGGAUUCUUCGACUGUUGGACUCCGAUUCUGAGGGUUUCUGGUGGAGAAAUAGAUGAUGACGAGAAUAUCCCAAGCCAUAGUGAUCGUGGCCAUUCUUAUCGCUUCCUGUUUGGCAAGUCUACAAUCCACAGCAAAAAACCAUGAGCUUUUGUCCAAAAUAGGAUUGACUAGAGUACGAACGCCACAGAGUCAUCAUAGAAAAAGACUGGCGGUGCAAUCGAGACAUCAUAGUAGAUCUGAUGACUCUCACAUGUUCAUCAUCAAACUUCCUCCAAGUCCACACUAUUACGGCUUCAACAACCCUAACAGCAUAGAGGAACCCGCAAAGAAGAAACGUCUACCCAUUGGUUUCAAGAGCAAUGGAAAACCAGCCAAGGUAUACCACUGGAACCUGCCUGUCCUCAAGACCUUAACUGCCCACAAACUAAAGUCUAGAAAGAACGACAUCCACGACAUAACCAUAAACGAUUAUCCAAAUCCAGAGAGUUGGAACGAAGUCCUGGAAAAACCUGAAAACGACCACUACAAGCCCAGAAAACCUUCUUAUUACGUCCCUGCCAAACCCAAGAAGGGUUCCUUCACGAAAUACUUUGCCGGAAACGGAAAACCCCACUCCUUUUACGUAAUUGAGAAGAGCCGAAAAGCACACUACCACAGAUUACUGCCAUAAAGAAGUACUUAUCAGUAAGAUUAAGUUCAACAUGGGCCAAACACGUCAAGUCUGAAAAAAAGCUUUAUCCAACAUGAGUAAACCUUACAUCCCCAAAAUUCGAGACUGUUUCCUUUCCUGCAAAGUUUUGUUUUGCAACUUGAAGCCCGUGUGUUGUGCAAUAAAGCCCAGAAAUGGAUUUUUCCAGACUGAUAUCAGCUUUUGUAUGAUUUAAUAGUGUUAAAUGUUUAUUAUUAAUAAUAAAUUAUAUUAUAAGUGUAA